AUGUCGGGAGCACCGACGGUUCGUUCGAUGAACCUGGGAGAGUCUGAGGUGAGGCCGGUUCUCGGUCCCGCCGGGAACAAAGCUAGGUCGAUAUCCACCUUAGGGAAGCCAGCGUCGAAGCCUCUGAGGAAGGUGGAGAAAGCCACUGUGACAUCACCAGAUGGAAGGAAGCCCCCAAGUUCUGCUAACGAUUCACCUCCCUUGUCGCCUUCUCCGAGCGCCCCUUCCAUAUUAAGGAGACAGGAGCUGCUAUUGCAUUCCAACUUGUCACUUAAUGCUUCUUUUUCGUCGGAUUGUUCCACGGACUCGUUCCGCAGCCGGGCGUCCACCGGAAGAAUCGGAGCCUCGAGGCUGACGAGGCAUCGAAAGCAUGUGCUACCCAGGCUAGAGAGGAAUUCACCGAAGGUGGAGAAGGCGGCGUCUGACGGCGAUCCUGCGUCCCCCCAAGGAAAUCUUCAGGGCAAAAAGACCUGCUCUUGGGUGACUCCCAACGUUGGUAAGCCCUUUUCAUAUUUUCUUUCUUUUAUGAUGAUUGCUGGAAUUUUCCAUUGUUGAACGCUCUCAGUUCAGCAUAAAUUGCAAUAUAGAUAUUACCAGUGGUACAAUUCCAAUCAUUUACUCAUUUGUCCCGGAACCACCAGAACAGUGCAUCCUUUGUCCUGACAGUUAGAACUGUGAUUUUCGUCAUCAGGUGAAAGAUUGGGGAAAGUUACUGUAGAUCCCUUUUGACUAUUGAGUUAUACUGUCUAUUCAGUUUCUGGAUGCCUGAUUUUUUUUCGUUCUGCUUCAAUUGAUGGAAUUGAACUUUUUGGAUGAGUUAUUUUUUUGUUAGCAACAGUGUUUGAAGUGAAAUCGUAUUCCAGAUUCGUAGUUUAUCAUGUUCUGAUUUUUCAAACAGGCCAGUUUUUUUCCUGUCCGAUUCAUCCAUCCACACUCUCGGAUGAAAGCAGAUACGAACUUCUCCUGGUUUUUGAUGGAUGAAUCCCUUGAAAAAUGAAUUUAUUUGGUUUUGAAGUGUCUGCUUCGGUGAUUAUUACUUUUUAGACGUUGGUAAUCCAUCGGGGUAUUCAGUUACAUGACCCACGAUACAUCAUAUCCGCCAUUGACUAGGUCUUUCUGCUCAACGGCAUGGAAAGAAAGUCAACUUGAAAGUUUCAAACUCAAGCUGUACAACCAUGACUAAUGCCUCUUAAAUGGGGAAAAGAAAUUGUGGUUGGAAGGAAAUCAUUAGGACCAAAGCCACUGUUUGACCAAGAAAUUGACCAUGGCGACAACCUGUGGUGACUAAUGCACUUUUGAGAGUGAAGAAAAUGGAUCAAUAAAACAUAACAUAUGUGGUAAAUUUUUCCAAACUUAGAAAAAGCUGGGUUAAUCCGUGAGGCUGUGCAUUUAUUCUUCCAUGUCCUGCUUGCCAUACCCUUUGGGCAUUUUCCUGCUUCGUUGGCUAUUACUGAUUGCCGUUGUAUUUUCAGUGUUGGUAGGAUUGUUCUUAUGGGAAUAUCAAGUAGUGAUGCUUUUUGCCACGAUUUUACUGGUUUUUGAAUUGAGCAUGAGCUGAUUUUGAGCCUCCACAGUGAUGUUCAGGUUCUUGCCCUAAGCAGGAUCUACCGUCUGGUUUCGGUUUGUGCAUUGGUUGCACCAAUUUCUUCCAGACUACUACUCUCCUCAAACCAAUCAUUGCUAGCUUAUUUCUUCUUCUUUCUCCAUUGCAGUGGAUAGAAUUAGAAGAUUAUGAACAGUAGAAAGUGAGGGAGUUUUUCUUUUCUUUUCUUUUCUUUUAUAAAAGAGAACAUCAUCAUACAUAACCAUUCUUUAAGUCCUAAAGUCUAUUGUCCACAAUGCCCGACUUGAAAUAUCCCCAAGUUUUUCAUGGACCUCUGACCUUUGACCUUUGACUUGAAAUAUCCCCCGAGUUCAAGCUCUGUCUCGAUCUCUCUCCUCUAGAAAGGCAACGCUUUAGUGGCUCCUCUUGUUUCACUAACAUCAACUACUCUUCAUCAACAGAUCCAUUGUAUGUCGCCUUCCAUGAUGAGGAAUGGGGAGUCCCUGUCCACGACGACAAGUAUGCGAUCAUUGAACCUUGCACAUUGAGCCUUUCCUGGGAUGAUUGCUGUCUCACAGUGCCUGAUUAUUUUGACUUUCCAGAAAACUGUUCGAGCUGCUUAUAUUAUCCAGUGCACUGGGUGAGCUCACAUGGCCUGCAAUCCUCAGCAAGAGGCACAUAUUUAGGUAACUUUGCCCACCCGAUGCAGAUAUGGUGGCGUAUCCUGGUCAGUAUAUAUCUAGUAAGAUCUUCUGAAUCGGCCCUCUUUCAGGGAACUCUUCGCAGACUUUGACCCUGUUGCAGUCUCUAAAAUGAGUGAGAAGAAGCUGACAGCACCGGGAAGCCCGGCCAGCGCGAUGCUCUCUGAGGCCAAGCUCCGCGCAACCGUUGAGAACGCGCGCCAGAUACUUAAGGUCGGCCAUCUAAUAUCCUCUCUGUGGCGCGUUGACUUUUGUGGUGUCAAUAGAAUCACCCAGCAAAUCCCAAACAAUGGUGAAGCUAUAAAUCAUACCAAGUUGGCGGGAGAUUAUCCAUGGAGAAGAUGCGAUCACUGGACAGAAUGAUGACUGUUCGUUCAUGUGGUGCGUUGACUUUUGAGGUGUCAGAGAGCUCAUCUUUCCUUGUUUUAUGUUUUUUGUUUUUUUUUUGGAUUGGCUGCGGCAGAUCACAGAGGAGUUGGGGUCGUUCGACAGAUACUGCUGGGGCUUCGUGAACCACAAGCCCAUCGUCAGCAGAUUCCGCUACCCGCGGCAGGUCCCGGUGAAGACCCCGAAGGCGGAGGCCGUGAGCAAGGACAUGGUCCGGAGGGGCUUCCGCUGCGUGGGCCCCACCGUCGUCUACUCCUUCAUGCAGGCCGCCGGCAUCACCAAUGACCACCUCAUCGCCUGCCACAGAUUCCACGACUGCUGCGCCGCCGCCGCCGCCACCGAGAGGAACCCCUCCCCCGAGGCAGAAGAAGAGAAGCCCACCGUCGCCGCCGAUGAGUCGCCGUAG